AUGCUGAUAAUGUCUGUGAUUGUUAUCGUGGCAAUCCUCUGGCCAUCAAAAUACCCUUAUCUCCGCGCGUGGUGCGUAAUAAUGGUCAUGUAUCUCAUAACUGACCUUGGAGUUGGAGUAUAUACAUACUCCUGGUACGGACUAGCGGCCUGGCGUGCUCCAUAUUUGAUCUUCAGUGUUAUGUUCUUCAUUGUAUGCUACGUCCUUCGUGUGAUGUUUCUUGUCGUUGGAUUUUCGUACUAUUCUGAGGUGCGUCUUGCGCUCUUUGGGGAAGGGGAUCCAGAAGUGCUGCAAGAAGUUGGAUUCUUGAGUGGAACUCCAAGUAUCAUGUCACCACAGUCCUACGGAUUUCCUCGUGCACCAACAGUUUCUUGAUAUCUGACUAUAUUUUUACCUGUGAACAUUUUGCUGCACAUUAUACGCAAUUGCAUGAUGGUUUUGUACAUGUGGAAACUUGACAUGGCUGUUGAUCAAAUGCGAAUUUGCCUUAAGUUUCGAGAGGCGGCCGAGAUUCACCGAAACAUUUAUAGUUCAAC